AUGUCAGAAAGCUCAAUGGCAGCGCCAACACCCGAGCGCGAGCGCAAAGGGCCAUGGGCAAACAGAGUUCUCAGUACCGACAUCGAAAAGACGCCUGAAUACGACGAGUUCAUCAAAAAGCUAUCCGAAUACCACGAGAAGCGAGGGACCACACUCACCAUCGAGCCUGAACUCGGACGGAAGCUCCUUGACUUGCGAAAACUUUACGAGAAGGUCACGGCUCUAGGAGGUUACGACAAAGUGACUGAAGAGAAGGGUGCCUGGAGAGAUCUUGCGCUACAGUACAAGCUUGCUGCGAACAACACCAACGCAGGUUACCUUUUAAAGACGAUCUACUACAAGAAUCUCGCCGCCUACGAAAUUUCAAAUUUCUUCGGGAAAGAGCCCCCCCCAAAAGAGUGGUUAGAGGAGCGAUCCGCUGCUGGAGGGUCAAUCAUGACGAGAACCGCAGAAGAUUUUCAGGCGCCUUCGCCAAAGUCUGAAUCAAAAGCAGAGAGGUCUCCAACCCCACCACCCACGGAGAAGCGAAGUAUGUCUACGUCAAGCACCGACACCAAGAACUUUUAUAAUCCGGAUACGACUUCUCAGCGCCAUAACCCACCCAGAGCCACAAGCUUACAGCACCAACAGCAGAACUCCCAGCAGUCGCAGCAGCAGCAACAGCAAAGCCAUCAAGUGUCACCUGGUAACCAGUGGAACGGAAGCGCCAUGAAUUUCCCCAAUUUUUCAUCCAACACGGUCAAUGCGCCCAUUGGAAUGCCUGUACCAACACCUAGAAAUGCUCCACAUGAGUUUAUCACUCAGAAAAGGAAAGCCGAACAGUAUGCCGCAACAACAAAUAUGGCUAGGUUUGGAGUCGGUCACACAGGCCCUAGCAACAUGACACGCAUUGCAAUGGGGUUGAAAUCCGGCUUGCCAGAAGAGGUCGACUUUGCUUUGAGCCAAUUGGUUAAAACCUCAUACGAAGCCGGCGAUGACCUCCGUGCUGAACAAUUCCCUGGUUUAGCUGAGGCGCUGUAUGAUAAACUACAGUCAGUUACUCGUCUGAUGAAACUACACUCUCUCAACGGUAGCGAGGAAGUCCUGGAGGAUCCUGCAUUCACGAAGCAGCUUGAAAAGGUCAAUGAAGCGGCUUUGAUAUUACGCAACAUGUCCUUCCAGGUGGACAACGCCAGAUACUUUCACGCCUCAAGAAUGCUAGGUCUAUCAUAG